GUGAAUGUUAAUAGGACUGCUGUAAAGCUUCGUCCCCGAUGUCCAUUAGGGAUGUUACAUCAAGCUCAAAUUGUCAGUUUACCGGCAGGGAUUUCAGAAGUAUACACUGAAUCCAAUGAUCUAGAGGUAGCUAUGGUAAAUUCCCACGUAGGUCAGGUAGACCCCAUGCAUGAGAUUAUAAAAUCUGUAGAUCUGCAGGCGUUGUCUGCGUUAGAUCAGCUGAAGGUGAGAGACUUGUUGAAUAAAUAUGCUUCUGUCUUUUCAGCACAUGAGGGUGACUUGGGAUGAACCAGCUUUUAGAGGCCCAGGUGAUUCGGGAGAGCUGCAGUCCUUAUGCAUCCCCUAUAGUUCUUGUUAAAAAGAAAGACGGCAGCCUGCGGAUGUGUGUGGACUAUAGACAGCUAAACAGUAAGACUCGUCGAGAUGCCUUUCCAUUGCCACGCAUUGAAGAAUCCCUGGAUGCACUUUCUGGGGCUAAAUGGUUCUCUACCUUAGAUUUGGCCAGUGGAUACAACCAGGUGCCCGUGGCUGAGAAGGAUAAGGGGAAGACUGCAUUCUGCACGCCAUUUGGACUUUUUGAAUUCAAUCGUAUGCCCUUUGGCCUCUGCAAUGCACCUAGUACAUUCCAGAGACUUAUGGAACCUUUUGGUGCACAACAUUUUCAGUCUUUACUGUUGUACCUGGAUGAUGUUAUUGUGUUUUCAUCUACCGUAGAUCAGCACCUUGUCCGGUUGGAGUCCGUGCUGUCUAGACUACAGAAGGAGGGACUAAAAGUUAAGCUGGAAAAAUGCUGCUUCUUUCAAACAGAAGUGAAGUAUCUUGGCCAUGUGAUCACUGAAGAGGGUGUUUCCACCGACCCUGAAAAGGUAGCGGCUGUGUCAACUUGGGGUCAUCCCACCACAGUGUCCGAGCUGAGAUCAUUCCUUGGAUUCACCAGUUAUUAUAGACGUUUUGUGGAGGGUUUCUCCAAAUUAGCAGCACCAUUGCAUCAUCUGGUUGCUACGCUUACUGGCAAACACCAUAGGACGGGUGCAAGGCACCCAAUAGGAACUGCAUGGACUAAGGAGUGUGAAGAGAGUUUUAAUAACUUAAAAGUCUCCCUGACCACUGCCCCAGUGUUGGCUUAUGCAGACUUUUCUCUGCCUUUUAUUUUGGAGAUUGAUGCCAGUCAUAGUGGCUUGGGAGCUGUGCUGUCUCAAGAUCAGGAUGGACAGGUAAGGCCAGUUGCCUAUGCCAGCAGAGCUUUAUCCCCCUCUGAAAGAAAUAUGUCCAAUUACAGCUCUAUGAAGCUUGAGUUUUUGGCCUUGAAGUGGGCAAUGACAGAAAAGUUUCGUGAGUAUCUUUUGGGGCAUAAGUGUGUUGUGUGGACUGACAACAAUCCACUCAAUUAUUUGAAUACAUCAAAAUUGGGAGCGACUGAACAGAGGUGGGCAGCCCAGUUAUCUGACUUUGAUUUUACAAUUUGUUACCGCUCAGGAAGAACAAAUGUUAAUGCAGACUCUCUUUCAAGGCAACCCCAUUCUGUUGACAUCUCAUCAGGGUUAGAACCUCUUCUUCCAGGGACCCUUCCAGAAAGUUUGCAGUUACAUCCUGACUUAAUACCUACUUUGGUAACACAACUGGCAAUUUCUGUGCUCCCAAGUCAUGACAUUAAUCACUUGAUCACUCUUCAGCAACAGGAUCCAGUUAUAGGCCCUUUUCUUAAUUUUUGGCAUCAGAAAAGAAGCCCUGAUCGGUUGGAACGGAAAAGACUUUCUAGGUCUGUUCAAGAACUGGUACGGCAGUGGGAUCGUUUGUUUGAUCGAGAGGGGCUCCUGUAUCGUAGAUUCCACCGGCCCGAUGGUGGUGAAGAACAAUACCAGUUGAUCCUACCUGAAGCCUUGAGGGAAGAAGUAUUGCAGCAGUUGCAUCAGGGUCACGGGCACCAGGGCAUCGAGAGGACAACGGAGUUGGUGCGGCAGAGGUGCUAUUGGCCAGGGAUGUAUGAACACAUAAAACAGUGGUGCCAGCGCUGUCAGCGAUGUGCUAUGGCAAAACCCCUUCCAUCCAUAACUCGUACUCCAAUGGGGCAUCUGUUGGCCUCUAGACCAAAUCAGAUCUUGGCCAUAGAUUUCACCCUUCUCGAUCGCUCAAGGGAUGGAAGAGAGCAUGUCUUAAUUAUGACUGAUGUCUUCUCUAAGUUUACCCAGGCAGUUUCUACUAGAGAUCAACGGGCCCCUACAGUGGCAAGAGUACUUGUUCAAGAGUGGUUCUAUAAGUUUGGGGUGCCUGCUCGUAUCCACUCCGACCAAGGUCGAAAUUUUGAAAGUGCUCUAAUUCAGCAGUUGUGUGAACUCUAUGGAAUCCAGAAGACCCGCACUUCUCCUUAUCAUCCUCAAGGAAAUGGACAGUGCGAACGAUUUAAUAGGACGUUGCAUGGCCUUCUGAGAACUCUUCAGCCAGAUCAGAAGCAUGAUUGGCCCCUUUAUCUCCCCCAGAUGAUUUUUUCAUAUAAUACCACUAUUCAUCAAUCUACGGCGAGUCCCUUAUUUUUAAUGUUUGGUCAAGAACCUCAUUUACCUGUUGACUUUCUUUUGGGUAGAGUUAAGGAGCCAGUAACAGGAUCUGUGAGUGAGUGGGUGCAAGAGCAUCGCCAACGUCUGCAAAUAGCUUUUGAUACAGCUAAGGAACGGCUGAAAGCUGCUGCAGUCCUUCGGAAGGAGCGUCAUGACCAGCAGGUGACUUCUGUGGGUUUCAGGGAAGGUGAGCUGGUCUAUCUUCGAGCUAAUGAUAUUCGAGGAAGAGCAAAAAUCCAAGAUGUUUGGGGCCUACAGACAGUGCCAAGAGGACGCAAGGCCAGGAUGAUGCUUCGUUCCCAGACCCAGGCAGCCACUGAUAAAGAUGGAGCCUGGGGAACAGUGGAUUCAACUGAGGAAGAAAGAGAGGAGGAUUGGUUGCCUCCUGUACGACCCAAGGGUACGGCAUCCAGGACUGGAGCAGGGCCGCCCAUUAAACCAUUCGAAGAAGGGAUGGCAGAGGUGUUCUGGCAGUUCAUGCAUGCACAGGAGCAGCAAGAGCAACGCUACCUCCAAGCGCUGCAGACUCUGCAGGAGACCAUGCAGAAGCCCACAACUGGAGCUUCCUACACCAGCUCCCCCCGUGGAAGUGCUACUGCACUGAGGGUCCAGAGCACACCGACGCCCACCAGUCAGCCAAUGCUCAGAACCGAGCCCAAGUUGCCAAGCUUCCAGCAAGGGGAAGACAUUGAGAACUAUCUGCAUCAGUUCGAGUGGCUCGCCAGAACCUGGAAGUGGCCAGAGGACGAAUGGAGCUACCAGCUGGUUCCACUGUUUACCGGACAAGCACUGGAGGCCUACCUGGCGAUGGAUGAAGACCAAGCAGUGGUCUACAGUGCACUCAAGAAGGCGCUGUUGGAGAAGUUUAAUGUUUCUCCAGAAACCUAUCGUCAGCGGUUUUGUGCGACUACGACCCCAGUUGCAGAGACACCUUCAGAGACGUAUAAUCGGCUGAGGCACUUGUACCGCUGUUGGGUGCGACCGGAACUACACACCAAGGAGGAGAUUGGUGAGAUGGUCAUCCUGGAGCAGUUUCUCCGUGUCCUGCCAUACGAGAUCAGGAUAUGGGUAAAGGAACGGGAGCCGAGAACUGGGCUAGCUGCUGCCAAACUUGCCCAGCAGUAUCGAAACGCUCACCAGGAGAGUCGUCGUUUCCAACUGGUGAAAGGUGACCAGAAGAGUUCUACCAGUGGAUGGAGCGCUGGAGAAUCUCCCCGCCACCUUCAAGCCAGCAAGGGGGACAAAGACACCAGAGAACAGAAACUCAUCUGCUACUAUUGCCAACAGCCAGGACACAAAGCAACCGUGUGCCCAGCAAGAAAGGCCAAGCUGACGGGGUUUUGUUAUGUCCCAAGGAAGGAGGACAGUACAGUGAACUGUAUGGGGAACCCCCAAAUCGUUCCAGUGACCGUUAAUGGGAAGGAGUUGAAGGCUUUGUUGGACACUGGGAGUUCAAUGUCACUGGUGAAAAGAUGUCACGUGACCAGUGUGUCUUUCACGCAUCACACAAAGUUACAAUGUGUGCAUGGAGAGGUAAAACAGUACCGCCAAACCGAGGUGAAUGUGUCCAUAAACGGGCAGACCUACCUACUCACUGUGGCUGUUGUGGAAACCCUACCGGCAGAUGUUAUUUUGGGACGUGAUGUACCGGUAUUACCCGAACUGGUACAAGCAAACUGGGAGGACGAACGAACGAGAUCCAACGUCCAGCUAGCCUGUCCAGUCGUCACUCGGGCCCAAGCCAAGAUGGGACUGCAGCCGUUGCCUAACAUGGACAGUAGCUUGUUGCAAGGCGGGACCAAGGGGCCCAGAAAAUCACGUCGCCAACGUCGGCUAGAGAAAGGACUUGGUACCCCGGUGCCGGAGAUUAAAACCGAAGGACUGGAGUAUGUCAUUAACAACAAUAUCCUAUAUAUGCAAGCCCCGGAUGUAACCAGGUUGGUGGUGCCGAGAUGUUGUCGCCCCGUGGUGCUGCAUCUAGCACAUACAGUUCCCUGGGCAGGACAUCUGGCUCUGCAGAAGACCUACGCACGUAUCAGCUCACGAUUCGUCUGGCCGGCGUUGUACACGGAUGUACAAAAGAUCCAGGAGGCGGGCCUGACACUGAACGUGGAUAAAUGUGUGUGGGCCAAGGCUGAGGCAGACUACCUAGGUUACCGCUUGGGUGACGGAGAGCUGAGGCCGCAAGUGGACAAGGUGGAAGCCAUUCGCAACAGCCCGAGGCCUACAACUAAGAAGGAGGUCAGGUCCUUCUUAGGACUGGUGGGAUGGUACCGGCGGUUCAUCCCAAAUUUCUCCACCACUGCAGGAGCGCUGACCAACCUGCUGGGAAAGGCAGUGAGGAACCCAAUACGGUGGACUGACGACUGUGAGACAGCCUUUGUCAUGCUGAAGGAAGGAAUGUGUGCAGAGCCUGUCUUACGCAAUCCAGACUUUACAAAGCGGUUCACUGUCCAGGUUGAUGCAUCCUUGGGCAUUGGAGCAGUCUUGACCCAGGGUGAGGAAGGCAACCAGAGACCAGUUUCCGACCUGAGUCGGAAACUGCUGCCACGUGAAACCCGGUACUCCACUAUUGAAAAAGAAUGCCUGGCAAUCAAAUGGGCCCUGGAGAGCCUGAAGUAUUACCUGAUAGGAAGAGAAUUCACCCUGGAAACAGACCACAGAGCAUUAACCUGGAUCCACACCAUGAAGGACCACAAUGCUCGGGUGACCAGGUGGUACCUCUCCUUGCAGCCGUACAACUUCAGAAUCAGACAUCGACCAGGGAAACAGAACCUGACUGCUGACUACCUGUCUCGCCACCCGGCAAGCUCGCGGCUUGGAGAGGGGGAAGGUGAUGUGACAGAGUGA